GAUCCACAGUACAUAACUUUCAUUUGAAGCCAUUUGAGUCACAAAGUUGAAUUAUGUUUAUGAAAAUAGAAAAUCAUCUUCAUGAUUCGUCAUAUUCGGUCAGAUCCGUGUAGGAACUUUCAUCCCGUUUAGACCCUGAAAACCGGACCGAGUGAGGCGUCCCCCUCAUUGUCCUGCUCUCUGGGACGGACCGUCUGUGACGUUUCUGCCCAGUGACGUCACCAGUCGGCAGGCGGAAAAGCGCCAGCUUGUGUGUGUGUGCGCGUGCGUGCGUGCGCGCGCGCCGGUCUCUGGCCUGGAGGGGAAGAAGGAAACCGGGUUCUUCACUUGAGUCGCACUCGGCGCUGCUGCCAUGUCGGUCCCCGCGGGGCGGACGGUGACCCCCGAACGCGGCAUCGACAUCGACGAGGAAGAGUUGGAAAACAUCGCGAGGAGCCAGCGGGGGGGCGAGGCGGCCCAGCUGCCGCUGCACUCGCCGUGGACGUUCUGGCUGGACAGGUCACUACCGGGCACCACCGCCGCUCAGUGUGAAUCCGGCCUGAAGAAGAUCUACACGGUGCAGAGUGUUCAGCUGUUCUGGAGUGUGUACAACAACAUCCCUGCAGCCACAGCCCUGCCUCUGAGGUGCAGCUAUCACUUGAUGCGUGGAGAACGCAGGCCGCUGUGGGAAGAAGAAAGCAACGCAAAGGGAGGAGUGUGGAAGAUGAAGAUACCAAAAGAAAGCACCUCUGCAGUUUGGAAAGAACUGUUACUUGCUACCAUCGGGGAGCAGUUUGCAGAUUACUGUUCCUCAGACGACGAGGUCGUCGGCGUCAGCGUCAGCGUCCGGGAUCGGGAGGAUGUUGUACAGAUCUGGAACAGCGACGCGUCACUUGCUGGGGAAGCAAAUAUCUUGGGCAAAGUCUAUGAGCUCCUCCCGCACAUGUCUUUUAAAGCUGUUUUUUAUAAGUCUCACAUGGAGCAUCGUGCCUUUGAAGGAGGACGCUCAAGACAUUAGAUCACUACAGAGCACGUCGUGUGAACCGGAGCUCUGCACCCGCCUCGACGUACGGGUCCCCGACCCAAUCAGGGAUAUAAGCCUUCUGCGUUGAGCAAGGAAAUGGUUGUUGAUGUGUAUUUCGUAACUUUUAAUGGCCGAUGCCUCGUUCCCUUUUGACGGGGCCGGCACGUCUCCAGAGAGCGUUCAUGCGUGAAUCCCAUCUGCGGCGGAUGAGCUCCAACCCUGAACUGUCCUGCCGCGUCCCAACGGACCUCCGCGGCCUUUUUUUAAACCUCAUGUAAGCGAUCUGAAGGCACGAUGGGAUUUAAUGACGUCAGCUGCAGUCACUGGCAAAGCACCUUUUUAUCCCGUUUAAGGAAGGUUGAAUGUCGAUUUCCACCUUUCUUAAAUCCGCUGGAGUUUGUGCCCAUUUGGUUUGUUGCAGACUUCCUCAUCCGUACCCUCAGUUUGGUAUCAGGGUGACGCUGGGAGCUGUUGCACACGACUACCUGUCCCCCCCCCGCGUGUCCCAACACAUCCCAACACACUCCAGCGCAGACAAAAGGCUUAGUGAGAGAUGUUCUCCGCCACGUUGCGUCUGAGCUCUUCUGCGUGUUGAAAGUGGUCCUCUGCUCUCGGCGAGGUCACACAUGGUUUAUUGUGCUGCUCUCAAGAGACGUUUCUCUGCUCCGCAGUACUUGUUUGUACUUGUUUGCCCUUUUCUUUCUUACAACACACCCAGGCGCUGUGGUUUGCUUUUAGGUGAGAAAUGUAACUAGCGUGUCAGGAAGAGAUGGGAAAAGUCAAAUGUGACAGACGUGAUCAAUACUCAUUGGCUCGAUUUCAAAGACGACACCGUUAACCAGAUGUUACACUGACUUCCCCCAUCGGCGAAUGUCCAUAUCAAUAGAUACAUCUAUUUAUAGGGAAGGAGCUUUUUUCCUUUACUAAAAGCUCUACUGGUGCCGUGUUGCACAUCAGUGAGAAUUGGACAAUAUUUCCUUUGUAAACAGGAUUUGCAGUGAACCAAAACAAGUAAAUAAAAAGGAAAUGACAAUACAAAUAA